GGUGUGUGAACUUUGGAGCAUAUGAUAAACAUCAGCUGAUCAAAGUUCAGAGGAAAAGGACUCAUCACUUCACAAACCAACAUGUCCAGGAAACGAACCUCAGAUCCAGAGGAGUCUCACCUCAGGAUGGUUCUCAUUGGGAGAACUGGAGCUGGGAAAAGUGCAGCAGGAAACACCAUCUUAAUGAAGAAGGUUUUUCAUUCAUCAGUUUCUACUUCCUCAUUGACAAAAGUGUGUCAGAAAGAAACAGUGAAGGUCAGGGGUCAAACACUGGCUGUCAUUGAUACUCCGGGUCUGUUUGACACCAGGAUGAGUCUAGAGGAGUUGAAGGCAGAAAUUGCUAAAUGCAUCACAUAUGCUACUCCUGGACCUCAUGUGUUCCUGGUCAUCAUCAAGGCAGACAGAUUCACUAAAGAAGAAGAAGAAACAGUGAAAAUCAUUCAGAAGCUGUUUGGGGAUCAGGCAGCAUGUUACACCAUGACCCUGUUCACCCGUGGAGACGAUCUGGAGGAGGACGGCGUCUCCAUAGAAAAAGCCAUUGGUGAAAAUAAGGCUCUCAGCGACUUCCUCAGUCAGUGCAAAGGAGGAUACCAUGUUUUUAACAACAGACAGAAAAAUCCUGCUCAGGUCUAUGAGCUGCUGGAGAAGAUCAACUCAAUGGUUCUGAGAAAUGGAGGAAAAUACUACACCAACGAGAUGUUCCAAGAGGCUGAGAGAGCCAUAAAAAAAAAGAUGGAUGAUAUUUGGGAGGACGACCCAAAUAGGGACUGGGAUGAUACAAGAACAGAAGCAGAAGAAUAUGUUGCGAAAAUUGGAGAUGGUAGCUUAGCCGUUGUGGGAGCAGGUCUUGGAUCUUUAGGGGGAGGGCUGGGGAUGCUAAUUGGAGCAGGAGUGGGAUUUAUUGUUGAGACAGUGAUCGACAGGUGCGUCAUCCAGUGAUAUUUAAUAUCAAGUAGUCUUCAGCUCAUUGCAGCUAUUUCAAAAUGGAAACAACUUAAAAAAUAUUUAAUCAUUAUUUGAUCAGGUAAAGAAGAAAUUGCCUUAAGGCGUCUUUGAGAUAUCGUGUUCACAAGAAUAGGACGGACGUACCAAUGGAGGUUUUGGACAGAGGGACAAUCCAAAAACAUAACCCUCUGAAAAUAUCAUGGAAACAAUGUUUUACUUUGAUCAUAAUGUUAUUUUUCAGAGAAUGUAUCAUCUGUACCAGCAGAUCAUUUUCUACUGAGGAGUUUUUACUAAUCAUGACUCAUCAAGUGAUUACUGAUGCCACACACGUCAUUUGUGUAAUAUGUGAUUUCAAACUGGAGAAGACUCUCGACCUGAUUAGCUCAAAUUAUUCUUUCAUGAAAAGUUUGGAUCAUUUCUAAUAUAAUUAGAUUUUUUGGACCUUCCUGUUCCAUCUUAUAUAAACCACUCACUUGAACAUCAGAUAAAACAGGAGUCAAUUAAAAAACAAGUGUUUGUUCAUAAAGAGCCGAGAAGACACAAAUAAAGGUCGGUACCUAAACACAACAGUGGCUCCUGAACUUAUUUACAUCUUUCUACAACACUGAGACCUGUGACUGUUAUUAACGAGUCAUCAUUUUCUCUCCACCUCUACUAACCCACAACCUGUUACACUGUCAUUGUAUCAUAUAAAUAUUCAGAACACAGUGUUCAUCAUGUCCUCUUGUCUUAU